AUGUUUUUAUUAACUGAUAAAACAAUUGAAUUUCAUAAUAAAGGAGGAGUUCAAUGUAAAAUUAAAGUUCCAAAAACAGGAAGAGAUUUUAAGUAUUUACCAAGUAAUUGUAAUACAUAUAUUGCUACUCCAAAUAAUUUAGAUAUUAUCAAUUUAUAUGAAGGUAAAUUUUAUGAAUCAAUUCCAAUGAAUUAUGUUGUUAAUUGUCUUGACAUAUCAGAAAAAUAUCAAUUAUUAUUUUGUGGAUGUGAGGGUGGAGUUGUUAGUGUCAUAGAUCCAAUGACAGAAGAAGAAGUUAGUGUAUUAGAUGUUAAUUCAGGAGUUGUGAAUAAAUUGGAUGUAAAUGGUAAAACAUUAACAUCAAUUGAUGUAACUUCAAUUGCAUAUGAUGGGAAUCUUCAAAUGACAGUAGGAACAUCUAAUGGUAAUGUUCUUACUUAUGACUUACGUUCUUCAAAACCAAUUUUAUCUAGUUAUCAUCAAAAUAGAAUUCCUAUUGUUAAAACAUUAUAUCAUACAACACAAAAUGGUGAAUUCUUAGUUACUGCUGAUGCAAAUAUUGUUCGUUUCUCUAAUAAAUCUAAUGGUAAAUUAGUUGUUCCACUUGAAGCUAAUAGAAGGUCUGUUAUUACUGAUGUUGCUAUUGCAAAAGACUCUGGAUUAUGUGUUCUUGCAGGUGAUUUCUCUAAAUUACAGAUAUAUUAUAUUCCUUCAUUAGGAAUUGCACCUUCAUGGUGUAGUUUCUUGGAAAAUUUAACAGAAGAAUUAGAAGAUGAGCCAACUGCAGUUUAUGAUGAUUUUCAUUUUGUUACUAAACAAGAAUUACAUGAUCUUGGAAUGGAUUCAUUCAUUGGUUCUGAAUAUUUACGACCUUAUAUGCAUGGUUAUUUCAUGCACGUCAAAUUAUAUCAACGGGCUAUGGCUCUUAAGCAAAAUGAUUAA